AGAAGAAUCCGCAGAAGAAGAAAUCAGCUGUUAUGGGAUGGAGAAUCUACGGGUUCUGGAGCUGUACAGUGGGAUAGGAGGGAUGCAUUUUGCUUUAAAAGAGAGCGGCAUACCUGCCCACGUGGUGGCUGCCGUUGACAUAAACACCACAGCCAAUCAGGUCUACAAGCACAACUUCCCAGACACGCCCCUCUGGAACAAAACUAUCGAGGGCAUUCCACUGGAUGACUUCAAUAAACUGUCAUUUGACAUGAUUUUGAUGAGUCCUCCGUGUCAGCCUUUCACCAGGAUUGGACUUAAGGGUGACGUCGUUGACCUGAGAACGAAGAGCUUCCUCUAUAUCCUCGAUCUUCUUCCAAGGUUCUCCAGGCUGCCCCGAUACAUCCUGCUGGAGAACGUCAAAGGCUUUGAGGUCUCCUGUGCCAGGUAACACUAGAGAGAAAGACGGCUUCAUCCAAACACC